AUGAGGAUGGAGGCCCGGGACGCGGCGCGGGCCAACCACGGCUCCGUCUUCAAGGCCUUUCCCCUGCCCGCCCGAGCCGGCCCCCGGGAUCCGCUCUCCCAGCCCGACGGCAAGUUUUUACCCAACAAGAUCAGCGGUUUCGCUUGCCCCGCUGGAAACGCAUCCUGCGCUCUCAAUUACAGCCCAGAAAUCCCCUGCCCCGAGAGCUACCGGGCAGCGGGGGAGCCCCGAGCCUUUGGCUCCAGCGCCAACGGGCAGUGGCGGGGCUUGGUUCCCCCUCUGGGCUCCGCGCCGCAGAAGCCGAGGGUGAGCCGAGGCUCUUACCUCGAAGCUCGCAAAAACCCCAGUGGGACGUCCAACAGUUUUGUAGGAAAAUCAAACCACCAUUGCCAUGCAUCAGCUUUUCCGAUCAAACCCGCUCAGAGUCCUUCCUGGAGCGGUCCCUGUCGCCGCAGCCUGCUUAGCCCCAAGAAAACUCCCCGGCGGUUCAUCAGCACGGCGGAAGAGACUGUUCGAGAGGAAGAGCGAGAGAUCUACAGGCAGUUGCUUCAGAUGGUCACAGGAAAACAAUUUUCCACGUCCAAACCCUCUUCGCUAUUCCCCUUCCACCUGUCCAGGUGUUCAAAUUCCAGCAAAACUGUAGUGAAAGAAACCCCCAGCAAGAACUCAAAGCUGUUUGAAGCUCACAGCGUUGCACCAGCCAGUUCGGCAACCAGCAUCCUCGCAGCGCAGGAGCAGCCGUCCCACAAACCGUCGCUCUACUCCACCCCCAGCUAUCCCUCCAAUAUCUUUGAGUCCGGUAACUCCACAGCCCAGCAUCAGCAAGAAAAUCUACCAGCAUCUAACACGCAGUCUGAAGGAUCAGACUCUGUCAUUUUGCUGAAAGUAAAGGAUUCCAGAACCCCAGCACCGAGCCUCCCGUUCUUCCAGGCAGAACUGUGGAUCAAAGAACUAACCAGCGUCUACGAUUCACGAGCUCGGGAGAGGUGGCGGCAAAUCGAAGAGCAGAAAGCGCUGGCCUUGCAGCUGCAAAGCCAGCGGUUGCAGGAACAGGAACACUCCGUGCAGGAUCUGGUGGAUUUAAAUCUUCGAGUCCCCCUUGAGAAGGAGAUCCCUGUCACGGUGGUCCCCGAAGAGAAGGAGGAUGCUAAAUCAGCAGACGGCGAAGAGGAGUUCCCCGAAAUCACCGAGGAAAUGGAAAAGGAAAUAAAGAACGUAUUCCGAGGUGGGAACCAGGACGAGGUCCUCAGUGAAGCUUUUCGGUUAACGAUCACUCGGAAAGACAUUCAGACCCUCAAUAAUCUCAACUGGCUCAACGAUGAGAUAAUCAAUUUCUACAUGAAUUUGCUGAUGGAGCGGAGCAAAGAGAAGGGUUUGCCGGCGGUUCAUGCAUUCAAUACUUUCUUUUUUACCAAAUUAAAAACGGCGGGGGACCAAGCCGUGAAACGGUGGACUAAAAAAGUGGAUGUCUUCUCUGUGGAUCUCCUCUUGGUGCCUAUUCAUCUGGGAGUGCAUUGGUGCCUAGCAGUUGUAGACUUCAGGAAAAAAACCAUCACCUAUUAUGACUCCAUGGGUGGAAUAAACAGCGAAGCCUGCAGGAUACUGUUGCAAUACUUAAAACAGGAAAGUCUGGACAAGAAAAGGAAAGAGUUCGACACUAACGGCUGGUCGUUGCUGAGUAAGAAGAGUCAGGAGAUCCCGCAGCAGAUGAACGGCAGCGACUGCGGGAUGUUUGCCUGCAAAUACGCCGACUGCAUUACCAAAGACAAGCCCAUCAACUUCACGCAGGUAAACCCCACCCUGCCGUGCCCCUCGGUUGUGCCGGGGCUUGGCGGGACGUCCCCGCACCCUGCUGGUUUCCGCAGCGGGUUCCAGCCUCGCCUCCGGCCGCCGCCGAGCCGCUCCAAUAUUGACCCGGACCAGGCGGAUUCAAACAGGGAGCGAGCCCCUUGCCAAGAGACCGUCGGGAUCAUCUCGAUACGAUGCCUCGAUGGAGAACUUCUGGCUCCCCGCUCGCUUUAG